AUGGAGCUCUCUCUGGUGUACUUUCUCUGUAUACUUUCUCUAGCCUCAGCCUCGUUCCCCUUCAACUUUGGACUCUCAUCCUCUCCCGUUCUACUACCACGCGCGAAAAAUCCCACUAGCAAAGACGGCAACUGUGGUUCCAACUCGGAGACUAACGCGACAUGCCUCACAUCCACUUUCGGUAACUGCUGCUCCGAGAAAGGGUUCUGCGGCAAAACGAGCGCCUAUUGUAAUGAGGGUUGCCAAAGUGCCUUUGGUAGCUGCUCGUCUAGUGAGGAUGGACAGCUUGUGAGCACGUCGGGCUCAUGUGGUGCGACGUCGACCAGCAACAUCACUUGUGAAGGCAGCUCGUAUGGAGACUGCUGUUCUGAGAAGGGCUACUGUGGCAAGAAUGCGACCUAUUGUGGUGCUGGGUGCCAGAGUAUGUUCGGCAGUUGUUCAUCCAGUGACGAGUCCUCCACGACAACCGCGACGUCUGACAAGACUUCAACCUCGACAUCGGCGGCGUCAACGAGUCUUGGUGCUAUAUCCAUCGACGGAAACUGCGGCUCCAAUUCGGAUACCAAUGCCACCUGCCAAGAUAGCACAUUUGGCGAUUGCUGUUCGGCAAAAGGAUACUGUGGCAAGACCUCUGAUUAUUGCGCCUCUGGUUGCCAGAGCGACUUCGGUUCCUGCGAUUCGUCAUCCUCAUCUGCGUCUGAGUCUGCUUCCUCGUCGACAUCCUCCUCCGAAUCCUCCUCGUCAACCCCGUCCACAACCCCGUCGACAGCCGGCCUCAGCACCGGUGCCAAGGCCGGAAUCGCGGUCGGAUCUGUCAUUGGCGGGCUCGGAGCAAUAGGGCUUGUGGCUUUUCUUGUGCUACGAAGCAAAAACAGAAAGUCUUCCCAGCAACUUACAGAUAGCGAUGCGGGAAAACCUAACGACGAGACGAGAUAUGAGUUACAUGACGAGAGAACGCAUGAGGUGCAUGCGCAGAAUCUGGUUGAGUUACCUGCUGAUUACGGAAGGGUUGAUGACCGGGCUGCGGCAGGGUAUGAUGGAGCAUACAGAGGACAUUAA